UUUUUCUUGUCAAUGUCACCUUCUCAAACAGGCUGUCAAACAUCACUUACAUAGGUAUCUCCUAUAUGGGUUGUGCUCCAACAAAGCCAUUAGUGGAUGCCACAACACAUCAAGGUCUUCACAAACUCAAGAUGGAAAAUGGGUAUGUGAGAGGGUCAAGAAAGUCAACUUCCGGUGGCCGGAGUUCCGGAAGCUCCGGCGGCAGUGGUCGGAAGGAGAAGGCGGUGAGUGGUAGAGAAAUGGAAGGGACGCGGAGAAGUAAUGGUAGUGGUGGUGGUACGGGUGGUAGUAGUAGUGGUGGUGGUGGUCGUGGUGGUAGUGAUGGUGGUGUGGCACGGAGGGGUAGUAGUGUGCCCGUGAGAUCGGAUGAGCUUGAUGAGUUGGUGGAUGGGUGGCCGAAAUGGUUGACGGAUAAUGUCCCGAAACAUGCACUUGAUGGUUUGGUACCAAAGAGUGCGGAAGCUUAUGAUAAACUCGAUAAGAUCGGUUCAGGUACCUACAGCAACGUAUACAAGGCACGAGAUCGAAAAACCAAGAAAAUCGUAGCUCUUAAGAAGGUUCGUUUCGACACUUCUGAACCCGAAAGCGUCAAGUUUAUGGCCCGCGAAAUCAUGAUGUUGCGAAAGCUAGAUCAUCCCAACAUUGUGAAGCUUGAAGGUUUAGCAACAUCUAGAAUGCAAUAUAGUUUGUAUCUCGUAUUCGACUAUAUGCACACCGACUUAUCGAGGAUCAUUUCUCGGCCCGAUGAAAGGCUCACCGAACCUCAGGUGAAAUUUUACAUGAAACAACUGCUUUCGGGGCUGCAACAUUGUCACGAAAGAGGGAUUUUGCAUCGCGAUAUUAAGGGAUCGAAUUUGCUAAUCGAUAAAGAUGGGAACUUAAAGAUAGCCGAUUUCGGGCUUGCAAACCAUUAUGAUUCGAAAAAACCAGUUCCGCUUACUAACCGUGUUGUUACGCUUUGGUAUCGAUCACCCGAGCUAUUGUUAGGUACGACGAUCUAUGGGCCAGGUAUCGAUCUUUGGAGCGCUGGCUGUCUCUUAGCAGAAAUGUUUGCCGGAUGGCCGAUUAUGCCCGGGAGGACCGAGGUGGAGCAACUUCACAAGAUUUUCAAGCUUUGUGGCACACCGUCGUCUGAUUACUGGAAGAAACUAAAGUUGUCAACGACGUUUAGACCACCACAUUCAUACAAACCGAAUCUUCAUGAAGCUUUUAGAGACUAUCCGAAGUCAGCGUUGGGACUUUUAAUGGUUCUUCUGGCUCUAGAUCCUGCUUAUCGCGGUUCUGCUGGAUCUGCUCUCCAACACGAGUUCUUUCACACAAGCCCGUGGGCGUGUGAUCAUAGUGGUUUGCCCGUGAUUCAAGUAGACGAGGAUGAUUUGGCUCAAACAACUGAGCCUAGGAAGCAUAGAAAGUCGAGGACACGACAAAAGUCGAGAACACUAAGAGAUCAACAAACAAAGGAUCAAACGAACGAAAAUCCAAAUCCGGAUUCGACUUCUUUGAAAGAGGAAGUCGAAAAGAGAGUGGAGGUCGUUAGAGAAACCAACGAGCCCCUAAUGACCAAAACAAGUCUAUCUUCAUCCGGUGUCGAGCCAAGCCCAACAGACGAGAUUUUGGCUCCUUUACCAUCACCCGUCGGAAACUUAUAUCAACGGUACCAAAGACAAAUGAGUGAAUCACACCCGAAUGCAAAAAUGAACAUUAAAAACCGGCCCCCAUUGCCCGGUGCAAAGAGAAUAUCAAGCAACUUUAACGGUACGAUUGAUGAUACAACCCUAACCCAUGUUCCGAGAUCCUCGUCUACACGAGAGUAGCGGAACAUGAAUCAAAUCAAACUCGAUCUACACGACGAUUAGAUCGAAGUACGACCUCAAGACAAUUGUAUUUGUUUCUUAUGUCUUUAUUUUAUAAUAUUUUAUAAUUGUUCUCAUAUAUAUUUUUUUGUGUU